CAAGUCUUGGUAAAAGGGGAGGGGGUGAUCUACACAACAGAGGAGAUAUGCUUGAUUUGUUCAUAUUUCUACCGCUGGGGCUCUUCUGUAUCUUCGCCAUCAGCAACCUCGAGGAAAUUAACCGAAAACAAGACAUGAGCUCGACGGAAACCAGCGGCGCCGACACGUUCGUUCCCUUUUAAUAACCGGACGCGCUUUUCCUCCCCGGUUUACCGAGUUGGUUCAGUUGGCACCGUUCGGGAUGGGUAAGGAGGUGAACGGCGUCUCGCGGAGUCGCUUUGAGAUGUUCUCCAAUAAUGAUGAGGCUUUUAUCAACAAGAAGCUGCCAAAGGAGCUGUUGUUACGAAUCUUCUCGUUUCUGGAUGUAGUGACACUCUGCCGCUGUGCACAAGUCUCACGAUCAUGGAACCUGUUAGCUCUGGAUGGCAGUAACUGGCAGCGUAUUGACCUCUUUGACUUCCAGAGGGACAUUGAGGGCCGUGUGGUGGAGAACAUCUCAAAACGCUGUGGAGGCUUCCUUAGAAAGUUAAGUCUCCGAGGAUGUCUGGGAGUUGGUGACAGUGCGCUCAGGACGUUUGCUCAGAACUGCAGAAACAUCGAGCUGCUCAGCCUCAACGGUUGCACAAAGAUAACUGACAGUACCUGCAACAGCUUGAGUAAGUUUUGUCCCAAACUGAAGCACUUGGAUCUUGCCUCCUGUACCUCGAUUACAAACCUGUCUCUCAAAGCACUGAGUGAGGGCUGUCCUCUACUGGAGCAGUUGAACAUCUCUUGGUGUGACCAGGUGACCAAAGAUGGCGUACAGGCGCUUGUGAGAUGUUGUCCAGGUCUCAAAUGCCUGUUCCUUAAGGGCUGCACACAGUUGGAAGACGAGGCUCUCAAGCAAAUCGGAGCACAUUGUCCAGAGCUGGUCACGCUCAACUUACAGACGUGUUCACAGAUCACAGAUGAAGGUCUGAUAACCAUCUGUCGAGGGUGUCAUCGGCUUCAGUCGCUGUGUGUGUCGGGCUGUGCGAACAUCACAGAUGCUAUUCUCAAUGCCCUGGGCCUAAACUGCCCUCGCCUCAGAAUAUUAGAAGUGGCUCGUUGCUCUCAGCUCACAGACGUCGGGUUUACCUCUUUAGCUCGGAAUUGUCAUGAACUAGAAAAGAUGGAUUUAGAAGAGUGUGUACAGAUCACAGAUGGGACACUCAUCCAGUUAUCUAUACACUGCCCUCGACUCCAAGUUCUGAGUUUGUCUCACUGCGAGCUGAUCACUGAUGAUGGGAUCAGACAGCUGGGCAGCGGUCCUUGUGCUCACGACCGGCUGGAGGUCAUCGAGCUGGAUAACUGCCCGCUCAUCACGGACGCUUCCUUGGAGCAUCUGAAGACCUGCCACAGCCUGGAUCGCAUCGAGCUCUACGACUGCCAGCAGAUCACCCGCGCGGGCAUCAAACGCUUGAGGACUCACUUACCCAACAUUAAAGUCCACGCCUACUUUGCACCCGUGACUCCGCCUCCAUCGGUGGGUGGAAGCCGUCAGAGAUUCUGUCGCUGCUGCAUCCUUCUAUGAUGUAAAAACAGACUGCAUCUUGACCCCUCCCCCUGAUCUACCCAGAGCACAUUGCUGGUGGGUCCCCGGUCAGGUCUAAUGAAAGUAAAAGAGAGACACAUCCGGUCAUACUCUCAUGAGCUUCAACCAACACUACAGUCCCGUCUGUGGCUUUAUACCAAACUCACGUACGGAUUUGGGGAGCAUUUUUUGUUCAUUAAAAAACAGAGCAUGAAGAAUGUGGCUCCUACUCGAUACAACACCACGGAUCACAUACGUCAGAUUGUGCAGAGACAACAUUAAAAGGAAACCGGCGAGUUUUUUGGCAGCCACAAUCUGCCCUGCCCGUUCUUUUUGCCCCUACACGGAUGUGUAAAAAUAGUUGUUUACUUGUAAGACCCCCCCCUCCCAUGGACACACAAAUACACAUUCUCUCUCUUUGUUUUACUCUGUGGCUUUGUAAAAUAUGACAUUUUUUAAGCAUGAUACUCCCAAGUUUUGCUUUUGAUCUAUAAGAGGUGGAGGCGGCAGUCCGCUGACGGAGGCGGCAGUCCGCUGACGGAGGUGAGGGGUUGAUGUACGCUGCCGAUGAAGCAGGUUGGAUGUCUGGAUAACACACAUGAAGGUGUUUUGCUCUUUCACCAUUAUGCACUUAAGAAAGUCUUUGAAUUUUAGAAAAGACGCAUCCGCAAAUUCGAAUGUAAAAAGCCAAGAUGGUUCAGGACUGGUCAUGUGAAUCUAAAAAGAGAUCAUCAUUUGUCGAUAACAAUAACUAUGGUGACCACUGUUCGGUAUUUAGGAUUUGUUCAAAGCAAACAAACAAAUCAACCGUAAUCUAUUUUAUGCGCCCGAAUCGCCAGAUGACUUGUAAACGAACCGCCAACAAUGGUUCGGCUUUUAGAUCUAUGAGAUGACGUCCUCCCGUCACAAACACAAUCAAAAGCGUUUGUUUUAAAAUGUUUUGUUUGUUGUGCUUGUUCUCAACGCGAUUGUAAUCGUUUCCGUUUUGUCUUGGCCUCUUGCGAAAAUGUAAGUUUCUUUGUUUCGUGAUUUUUUGUAGUUUAGAUAAUGACCUUUAUUGAAAAUAAACAUCUGUCCAGCUCAAACUUGCAAGAUUAGAAGAUUGUUUCAAUAGGGCUUUAUAAAGUAUAAACGUGACCUGGAGGCGAGUUGGUGGCAUUUUGUUACGUAAACAUUUCGUGUGAUCGCGAUCAUGUUAUUGGAUGAAGUGAUGCGGUCGCAGUUACAAUAAACCACUUUUGCACAAAUGUAUAUUCAGUUUCUCCCAAAAGUACUCGCGGGAUAUACUGUUGCCAUAAAGAAGAUCUGGGGUUAACACAUUGACCAUUCUUACCAUCGCUUUUAAGAUAAAGUUCUUUCAUCUGGUUAGAAUCACACGCAAUGUAUUUGUUUAUUUCGGACUACGUUUUUCUUUGUUGCGUAUACUUUUGGUGCCUGUAGUAUGAGCCGUGUAGACUUCACCAGGUGCUGUUUUCUGUGAUGUCUCGUACCUAUUUUGAUUCUUUUUUUGUCAAGUUAUCGGCUUUUCGGCAGCACAUAAAAUGCAUUGGUUUGGAAUCAGAGACGUAUUUCUCCAGUCAUGAACUGAAACACAGUCACUAGUGUUUGUGUGUGUGUGUGUGUGUGUGUGUGUGUGUGUGUGAGGCACUAACCGCUCGUUUUUUCCCCACUUUCUUGUUGUUAAUCUUAUUUUUGUGUAUUCCUGCUCAGUUGGCUAUGUCUUUAGUGCAGAGAUUCUUAAGAAGGCAUUUCGUUGUUCUCAUGAUGCUCUCUGUUCUUAAAUAUUGAUAUUAUUGCUCAUGCUCUAUUCUUCAUACGCUUGAUGCUUUUGCGUUUGGGUCUAUAGUUUUGUCCUUUAAAUACAGCAAGGUCCAAAAGUCUCAGGUCACACUUUGAUUCUGUGAUUCACAAUAUAAUUGAAAUGUGGAAAUAAAUACUAUACGUACAUAAAAGUACAUGUAUGUAAAAGUAAUAAGUAAAAAUGUUUCUGCACUAGGUCAGUAAGCAAAUUCAUACGUACUAAAGAUCACAAAUGAUUCGAGCUCGCCACAUGAAUUUUAUAGCUCUCUUAACGGCGUCUAUUUCAUUUAGAAACAUACGAGGUGAAGUUCACCUUAAAUUAAACGAAGAACGCGUCAUCAUAUGAGCUAUAAACAGAUCAACUCACGAGUGAUAAAAACGAGUGCUAUUAAAUCGAGAGAAAUGCACCCGUGUAGAGAUUUCAGGAGUGGUCUCGGACGUUUGGACCCCACACUGUACACGAGUUUAUCUGGAGAUGUCAGUCCACCUCUUCAUACAAUGUUGAGCAUGUUGGGAGUUUCUGUUUUAUUGCUGCGCGACCAGUUUUAAAACCGUUUCGUAGAAAAUGUAUGGAACGCCAAAUGUUCUGACAUGUUUACGAGUGUUUGGGUGGUUGUCACGCAGGACUCACGCGAGCCAAACUGUUUGUUUUAAACACUAAUAAUAGUGUGCAGGUAACCAAACAUAAUGAACUAUUUUGUCAAGUCGAAAUAAUUUGAGUUCUACAUCACCUUGGGAUUACAAGGUACAUAUUCUUUUUCUGUAGCAAAUUAUUUACAUUGUGAUGUUAUUUCUUUAUGUUGUGUGUAUAUUGGAAAGUCAAAGGUUCAAGCUCAAUAUCUCAAAACUGCUCAGAAUGCAGAUAGAACCUUAUAAUUCAAAUGCGACAAAUGGUUAAUCGUUUAUUUUUGACCGAAUUUGGUUACACCAGCAAAAGGAUUCGCAAAGGUCAGAUCAGGAUUUGUCCACGUUUGGUUUGUUUCUUCAGCUUUUAGAUUUUCUCGCUGCUUUGGUAUUCUGUAUGUGUGUGUUUAACAUCCUUCCUUCUCAAUGUGGCCAUUGCGCUGUGUUGUCUGCAAAUCAUUUUUGAUUUUUAAUCUCGCCGUUAAAUCAUUGAGAGAACGAGUCGGCAAUACCCCAAAUAAUGUUUCUCUAUACAUUUAACUCCAACAAUGAUUUAGUUAUAAUAGAAAUCUCUGCCCUAUUCAGUAUACAACCAUUUUUUUUCUUUGUCGCCUUUUAAGAAGCCGUGGGACUUCAAAACAUUGCUGAUAACGAACAUCUUGUAUCUCUUUUUCGUUUUAUGUCUCUAUCAUCCUUCAUACACACACAAACACACAUUGAUCUGACUGCUGUCACAGCGCCAUCUCAAUCAACAUGCUUAUCUGUGCACUUGUUAUCAAUGAGUGUGUUUCACUUCUGGAUGUUUUGGGGUCACGUUCUGAUUUUGGGAUAAACGGACACAUUUACAAUCUGAGGUCACGGCCUGAGCGUUUGAGACCUUAACAAUGAGCUUUCAGGACCCUGAGAAUGUGGGGAGGAAAACCUUCACAAAGGCUGUACUUAUGUUAGUUCUUGUACUUUUUUAUUUUACAAUUAACAAUAUAAAUGAAUAUGGCAGAAUGAAUAAAUAUAUAACUAUAUUAUUAA